AUGGUGCAGCCGCAGGCGGACUUGUCGAAGGCGCCUGUGAAGGUCCAAUUGCCUGGCGGUUGGCAGGCUGAGACGCCCGGGGUGUCUCCUGCACGUCUGCAGCACGCCACACAGGUGCUCCAGGCGGCCUUGGCCAACUGGGAGGCUUGCAUGCUCGAGGGCAAUCCAGAGGCGAAGAUGGCUCAGGCUCAGGCUCAGGCUCAAGCUCAAGCUCAAGCGCAGGCUCAGGCUCAGGCUCAGGCUCAGGCGCAACCAAAGGCGCCCCACCUCCUGCCGCCCCCUGGGUUGGCGCAGACGGCGGGCCUGUCUCAGGCUACGACUGAGCAGGCUCGAAUGACUGAGUACGCGAAGACCAUGGAGAAGGUGCACUUGUUCUUCCAGCCGUCUCCUUUCGCGCCCGCCAUCGAAUUUCUCAUGGCGCGGCUCCCUGCGAUCUUAGCGCGGCGCCCCAGAGUGUUCAGCGGGAGGCCCUUGGGGCGCCGGGCGCGCCCCAAAGCGGCGCGGGGCGCCAGCGCCUCGGCGGGGGUAGAGCUGCCACCGCGGCUGCAGGCGGCAGAGGCGGUGCUGAAGGAGAAAGCCAAUGCCUACGUCUCGGCCCUGUCGCGGGAGAUGCAGCCCCUGCUGGACCGCCAGAAGCUUGAGGGCCUCACCCGAUUCCUCCACAACUUCGUGAAACAGAAGAGCCGCAAGAAGCUGCUGCCGCUGCACCCGAUGCUCGGCAGGGCCUUCAGGUCCUUGCUGCCUACUUUGUCCCCUGAGACCUUGGCCACCACCGGCCUGGCGCUGUGCUAUGCAGGGGUGCGCGAGGGCACUGCUUGGCAGGAACUCGCAAACCUCGUCGCAUCAGGUCCUGACGGUAUAGAACCGCGAGCGCUGGCCGAGCUCGCCUGGUGCUUCUCGGAGGUGCGCUACGCGCGGCCGGAUGUCUUCCACACGCUGCAGAGCAAGAUGGCCGGCGUGAAACAAGCAGUUAACGAUCAGGAGAAGUCUGUCUUCUGCUGGGCUUCUGGCAAUCUGGGCUUCAACUGCUCCCACAUCUUCGGGCCCGCGGCCUGGAGCGUGGACAAGCAGCUGGCGCAGCGGACCUGGCAGCGCCUGCAGCAUUUGCAGCAGAAGGGCGCUCAGCCGCUGAGCCAGUCGCCAGUGCCGGUGCUGCGGAUGUCUGACGCGCUUUCGGAGAGCGUGUGCCAAGAGCUCAUCCGCCGAGCAGAUGUCGAGGAGCUUUGGGAGAACUCCACGGUGGUGAGCUCCAACUUGCACCAGGCCAGCCUGCAGCACGUUCGCACCUCCGCAACGGCAACCUUCAACAUGCCGCACCAUGAGGAGGACGAGCUGAUCUCGGGGAUCCGGUCCUGGGCGGCGCAGCAGCUGCAGCUGCCCGUGGAGUUCGUAGAGCCGCUGCAGAUUGCCCGCUACUCCCGCGGCCAAGAGUACAAGAGGCACUUUGAUUGGCGGGCGUCCAGCUUCAACGGUCUCUGGAUCUUUGGGCAGAGGGUCGCCACCAUCUUGGUGUACUUGAACACCAUGCCGGAGGGUGCCGGGGGCGAGACGGAGUUUCACAAGGUCAACGUCAAGGUUCGCCCUGUGCUUGGCUCUGCGGUGAUUUGGCCCAACGUGGACGCAGAUGGCCAACCCAGCAGGGACACCUUGCACCUUGCGAACCCGGUGCUGCAGGAUGGCAUCACCAAGUAUGCUUUGAAUAUUUGGAUCACCAACCAGCCCUACCCGAACCGCAGCUGGAUCGGCUGGUACGUGGCGCGCCCCAUGUACGGCGUGAACACAGCACAUUUUCAGCUGGCCGAACUACUGGAGAGCCAGAACAAGGCAAGCAUCGAGAAAGUCUACCAGAUGCUGAAGGACCCCAAGCAACGAGGACCGGCGAACGCAGGACUUAACGGACCUGCGAAUCGCGAGAACGUUCCUCCGAUGCGGCCAGGUGCAUGGCCCAUGCCAUACGCGGCAGGGAGCAUCAGUGGCCCGGUGCCCGGCGCAGCCUUCCCGAUGGCGCAGACAGGAGCCUGGUGGGGAGAAGCAGCUGGCCAAGAUGCCUCGCCGCAAACGCCGGAAGCACCUCGCCGAGGUGGAGGCCCCAAGAAGAGGAACACCGAAGGAUCAGAUGCAAACCAUUCUGGCGACACCCUCCGCAUGCAUUUGCGCUCUCUGCUGCACGUGGACUCGAGCCGGGUCUUGAUCGUGCGGAAGAUCAACCGUCUGGGCUUCUCCUCGCCCACAAUCCUCAAGGAGCACUUCUCGUGGUAUGGAACUGUUGAGAACGUGCUCGUGGCACACUCCAGGGUGAAGUCUGGCGGAGGUCAAGCUGGCAUCGUGUCGCGACUCCGGCCGUCGGGUCUGGGCUUUGUGGUCAUGAGCAAGGCAGAGGAGGCGGAGAUGAUCCUUACGCAAGGGAACGAGCAACAGGUGUGUGGCACCGUUAUCCGUGUGCAGAAGUUUGAACGUCGCAUGAGCGAGUCGCUGGACGCUGGCUUGGAGGACCAGCUGGACACCAAGGAGCAAGAGGAGUUCUCCAAAGAGUGCCGCGCGAUGGGGGCGUGA